AGAUGGACAGUUCUGCAAAGACAAAAGCUGCUGGUGGCUCUGUUAUGCAGUGUUCGUGUAGCUGCCGUGUAGAGUAGGUGUUUCUCGCAUGGAAAACACGGUCAUGCGUGUUCAAAUCCAGACGGCUCCCAUGCGGCUGCCAGUGUCACCCUUAACUCAUGUGCCUUGAGACUGACCGGUUGUGAACGGAUGCCGAGCUCUGUGGGUGAAGGUUCCUUUUAUACCGUGCGAGGUACCAGGAGAGAACAGACACGUGUGUUUUCUCUACCCACAUAGUCCACAUCAGUAAUACUCCUGACAGUUCUUCUGCAAAGCACUCCACGCAGGGACCCGGGGCUGGGAGGCAGUGGCAAGUAUCCUGGAGUCUGGCAGCGUCUGUCUGUCUGGAGCAGUGUUAGGGCUGUGGGGUUGCUGGGCCAGCAUCACUGUUGGCUCCUGAGCGACAGAGGUACCAUGUGCUGUGUGCUGUGCAUGUAUACUCAUGUGUGUAUGUCCCUGUGCAUCUGUGUAUACUCGUAUAAGCUUAUACAUGCAAGUUGUGGAUGUGUGUCUUGUGUAUGUGUGUGUGUGUAUGUGUGUGUGUGUGUGUGUAUUGUAUGUGAGUUAUGGAUGGGUGACUUUGUGUGUGUGUGUAUGUGUAUGUAUUGUAUGUAAGUUAUGGACGUGUGACGUGUGUGUGUGUGUGUGUGUGUGUGUAUUGUAUAUAUUUGUGUAUAUAUGUCUGUGGGACAUAGGCCUGCCAGUCAGAAUGCUGUUGUAGGCUGGGCUGGUUUUGUGUGUUAGAGCCCAGGGCGUCAUGGAACACAAAUCCUUGAGCACCCUUCCUCAAUGACCAUGAUCUACACUCUCGAAUGAACCAGGUCAGCACUGGUCCCAAGCACAUGACAGAAAAGAGGAGGAGGCACCUGAGAGAUUGUGUCUGAAGGUGGACUUGUCCUGGGGACUCUCUGGCCAGCUGAGCUCACAGUUCCCUGGCAUGUUCGUGACCCCUCGUCACCCAUGAUCACCCCGUCCGCAUCGCACUUUGCGGCUCCCCAUUUUUGUUUGUUUUCCCCCCCAGCUCUUACUCCACAAACCUUCUCUACCAUCGGUGCAUUCAUCCCCAAUGUAGUUUUCAUUGAGACGGGACUUUGAUGUUUGUGGCAGGAGACUGUUUUCCCAGAAAGGUUCGCAGGUGCUGCAUUUCUCUCCUUCCCACCCUGUGCUUUGAGGGUUAACUGUCACGUGCCACUCUCUGGGUGGUAAGUGAGGGAAUCAUUGUGUGUUUGGGUCCCAUUCAACCCAGUUCUGCCUAAUUCUGAGGCUUGAUGAAUGAGACAGAGGAGCAGUCGGUCCCUUGCAUCCUGCCGGCAGGGGUGGCUGUCGCCUCAGCCUCAGCUUUAUGCCCUGAAAUAAUCCUCUGUGUUAUUGCUGAGUGACCAAGGGACGCGGAAUGAGCUUGGGACUAGCAGGGGCUGGCAGCCACUUGUCGGUCCCUAUGGCAUCACCGGGCUUGGGGACUUUGACUUCGGGUGCCUUCUUCAGCAUCGUGGGGCGUCGGUAUAAGAGGAGGCGCAAGAAGCGCUCGGAAAGGAAAGACAAAAGAGGUCUCCGCCAGUCAAGAAGCCCUCAAAAGCAUUUUACCAUGGAUAUAGAAGACGAAGAGAAUAUGAGUUCCAGCAGCACUGAUGUUAAAGAAAACCGCAAUCUGGACAACAUGCCCCCCAAGGACAGCAGCACACCCGGGCCUGGCGAGGGUAUUCCGCUCUCCAACGGGGGUGGUGGGAGCACCAGCAGGAAGCGGCCCCUGGAGGAGGGCAGCAAUGGCCACUCCAAGUACCGCCUGAAGAAGCGAAGGAAAACGCCAGGGCCCGUUCUACCCAAGAACGCCCUGAUGCAGCUGAACGAGAUCAAACCGGGCUUACAGUACAUGCUGCUGUCCCAGACAGGACCCGUGCACGCACCUCUGUUUGUCAUGUCUGUGGAGGUAAACGGGCAGGUCUUUGAAGGCUCCGGCCCUACAAAGAAGAAGGCAAAGCUGCAUGCUGCUGAGAAGGCCCUGCGGUCUUUUGUCCAGUUUCCCAACGCCUCUGAGGCCCACCUGGCCAUGGGAAGGACCCUCUCCGUGAACACAGACUUCACGUCCGACCAGGCGGACUUCCCCGACACGCUCUUCAAUGGCUUUGAGACUCCAGACAAGUCGGAGCCACCCUUCUACGUAGGCUCCAAUGGGGAUGACUCCUUCAGCUCAAGCGGAGACGUUAGCCUGUCAGCCUCCCCAGUGCCUGCCAGCCUUACCCAGCCUCCUCUGCCCAUCCCACCACCAUUCCCACCCCCAAGUGGGAAGAACCCCGUGAUGAUCUUGAAUGAGCUGCGCCCAGGGCUGAAGUAUGACUUCCUCUCCGAGAGUGGGGAGAGCCACGCCAAGAGCUUUGUCAUGUCCGUGGUGGUAGAUGGCCAGUUCUUUGAGGGCUCAGGGAGAAACAAGAAGCUUGCCAAGGCCCGGGCUGCACAGUCUGCCUUGGCUACUGUCUUCAAUUUGCACUUGGACCAAACGCCAUCUCGCCAGCCUGUCCUCAGUGAGGGUCUCCAGUUGCAUUUGCCACAGGUAUUGGCAGAUGCUGUCUCACGCCUGGUCCUGGGUAAGUUCAGUGACCUGACAGACAACUUUUCCUCCCCUCACGCACGAAGAAAAGUGCUCUCUGGAGUAGUGAUGACCACAGGUACAGAUGUCAAAGAUGCCAAGGUGAUAAGUGUUUCGACAGGGACGAAGUGCAUCAACGGCGAAUACAUGAGUGACCGUGGCCUGGCUCUCAAUGACUGCCACGCAGAGAUAAUCUCCCGAAGGUCCCUGCUCAGGUUUCUAUACGCACAGCUCGAGCUUUACUUAAAUAACAAAGAAGACCAGAAAAAGUCCAUAUUUCAGAAGUCAGAGCGGGGUGGGUUCCGGCUGAAGGAUACCGUGCAGUUCCACCUGUACAUCAGCACCUCACCCUGCGGAGACGCCAGAAUAUUCUCUCCCCAUGAGCCCGUGCUAGAGGGUAUGGCGCCAGACUCCCACCAGCUGACAGAACCGGCUGAUAGACAUCCGAAUCGCAAAGCAAGGGGACAGCUGCGGACUAAAAUAGAAUCUGGCGAGGGGACAAUCCCUGUGCGCUCAAAUGCCAGCAUCCAGACCUGGGAUGGGGUGCUGCAGGGGGAACGGCUGCUCACCAUGUCCUGCAGUGACAAGAUAGCACGCUGGAACGUGGUGGGCAUCCAGGGGGCCCUGCUCAGCAUUUUCGUGGAGCCCAUCUACUUCUCCAGCAUCAUCCUGGGCAGCCUGUACCACGGGGACCACCUCUCCAGGGCCAUGUACCAGCGGAUCUCCAACAUAGAGGACCUGCCACCGCUCUACACCCUCAACAAGCCCCUGCUCAGCGGUAUCAGCAAUGCAGAGGCACGGCAGCCAGGGAAGGCACCCAACUUCAGUGUCAACUGGACGGUGGGCGACACGGCCAUUGAGGUCAUCAAUGCCACAACAGGGAAGGAUGAGCUAGGCCGCCCCUCCCGCCUGUGUAAGCACGCGCUGUACUGUCGCUGGAUGCGGGUACACGGAAAGGUGCCCCCCCACCUGCUGCGCACCAAGAUCACCAAGCCCACCACCUACCACGAGUCCAAGCUGGCAGCGAAGGAGUACCAGGCUGCCAAGGCACGUCUGUUCACUGCCUUCAUCAAGGCGGGGCUGGGCGCCUGGGUGGAGAAGCCCACAGAGCAGGACCAGUUCUCCUUCACUCCCUGAGCCAGGCGGAGUCGAGAGCACAGAGUGCGAGGCUGUGGUGCCGAACUGUCCCCCAGAGCCUUGCGUCUGACCUGGGACAGGUGUGCACCUCGGGGACGGCACGGGGAGUCUGGGGGAACCACUGGACUUCAAGCAUCAUCCCCGGCGCCUCUCACCACCCAGCAGGGCAGUGUGGGGAUGUGUAGGGUGCUGGGCACCUCACAUCUGAGUAGGGAUCAGGUGCACAGUGGGGGUGCAUGGGGGCACAGGGGCCCAUCACCACCCCUUGCCACACAUUUCCCCUCUUGAGCUACCCAGUGACCGCUUUAUAUCUCAGUUUACAUUAGACAUUGAGUUCUACUGAGUAGGGCUUCCUCAAGUAUAGGAAAAUAGAAAUUUACUUUGUGUGAGAUUCUUGAAUAAAUAAUUUAUUCAGAGCUAGGAAUGAGAUUUAUAAAAUAAGAAGUAAUUAUGUCAGGUCACUUUUAUGCCACAUUAUUUUAAUUGCAAAAGAAAAAAAAAGCGUUUCUAUGUGAAAGAACACAGGAAUCUAGAGGUAGGAAGUAGAAGAGAGCUACCGCGCACACCUCUGUGCGUGGCUCCUCUCCGUGGGGCCUUCACACUUAGGUUCUCACAGUAGGUUUUAACAGCUCUCCUGGGGUGACCCCAGCAUGAUAUGGUGUGACCUUGGCACACACUGGCCCUGCAGCUGGGAUGCUGUGUCCUACAGAGCCGUGACCUAGGCUCUGCUGCCUCUAGAAUCGUCCAUGCUCCCGGUUAGGCUCAAAUCAUGGAAAACUCUAUUUGCUACCAGGUAACUGAAGACCCAAUCUGUCCGUAGCCUGUCCUGGCUGGCCAUCAUACGGGGGUCCUAACCAUCGAGGUUUUGUGACCUAGAGGCACGCAGUAGGACUGCUCCACAGUCAGAGCACAGUCUUCCUUCUGCUCCCCCCUUGGGAUCUGGUGGGUAGGAACCACUGACCGCUCAGAGAGCCUCACGGGAUGGAAAGAGUUGUGAGCAGGUACCGUGCUUGGAGCGCGCCACCUAAGGCGGAUUAUCCGGUACCCCUUCCAGCUUCAGACAUGUUUGACAAGUUAAACAUUCAGGUUGAAGCUGGUGGGACAGUGUGAACCUUGGAACGCUGCAGACCAGACAUUGGUGUCUCGACAGGCAGGCCUGGGUGCUCCUGGUAUCUUGGGGCUGAACCCCAAAAUGCUGCUGAGCACCCGUGAGGCACAGGGUGGCACCCAGGGCCCUGGAGCGGACACCUGGACCUCCUGUGCUCAGACUCGCCCCAGGUGCCUUGUUGCUUCCACUCAGGAUUAGGGAGGAGUAGAGGGGGGGAGGAGGGGCUGUGGCUGUCAGCUCAGUGUGCUAGCCUGGUCCAGCAGGUUGCUCUGAAGAGCCUCAGGGCCUCGAGCAGAGAAGGUGCAGGCUCAUCCCACAGCACACAUCCACCACGGCUGCAUCCAGAGCUCUGACAGCUAUGGCCCUGAGCUGUUCACCCAGGUGUGUGUGUGUGUCCUUGACACACUUGAGAAAGAGACAGAAUAAGAACAUAGCCACUGUGGGUUCCACCUGAUUCCCAGCAGACCUCAAGAGGCUGUGUGUCAUUGCUUAAGUGAGACCCACUUGUGUCUCCGUGUCAGGAGCCCUGUCGUGUCCUUGUAGGUGUCUCCGUGGUUCUCGUCCUGCGGGGCUUGAUCUUCGAGGCAUGAAGGUCCUAGCAGAACUCCCUAGUGACACAUGCCAUCUUGGAUCUCCUCAGAUCACCACCUGCCCCCCUGAAAGGGAGCCCUCCCAGGCUGCAUUGCAGGCCCACCUUCGGGUGAAACGCAUUGGGGCUCCUUAGAGAAACGGUCUCAUUUUACCCCAGUACCACACCUUCCCCACAGCUCCUGCACUUUCUAGAAAGAAAAACACACAUGUUGGUGUGCUCUUACUCUUGUUUUUAAGUCGAAUUUUUCCUAAUGGAGAUGGGGAGAUGAUUUAGUUUGUUUUUAAGUACAUUUUGGUUAUAAAGUAUAGCAAAAGUAUAUCCCAUAUACACCAAAAACCAUGCAUUACAUCUAGCUUUCCAUGUCAGAUAACAGGCUGCCCAACCAGGAAGUGAAGGUUACAUGUAUAGAUCAUCUGAAACUACAGGGGCUGGUCCUGCUUAGACCUGACCUAGGCCCAGAAAGGAGGGGGAGCCUGGAGGCACCCUGUGGUGAGGAGCCGGCAUGGGACAUGUGCCACCUUCCCCUGCACUCAAGACAUGGCAGCUCGAACAGCCCAAAUGUGACCAGACAAAAAGGAAACAAAUAUUGAUUUAAGACAUAAGCCCUUUGAGCCUCUUCCCAAAGGUCCCCACAAUGGUAGUUCAUGUCCAGGACCUAAAUGUCACAGACUCAGCAGAAAGCUUGACACACCAAGAGCCUGAUGGAAAUGUCUUGGCUACCUCAGCAGGUGAAGAACAUGAGUGUCUGUGUUCAGAGCAUGCAGCUAAACCUGAAGUUUUAAGUCCAUACCGCAGUAUCCCUCAGGAUUACUCAGACCGCCGUCACAGGGCUGCAGCUACACAGCAGGAAGACAUUGUGGCCGGGAGCCUUGGCUGGGCUAUCUUGUUUCUGCAGAGCCGAGACUCUCCACUUAGAUGUAGGCAGCGUGAGUGUGGCGUCCACGCCGUUAGCCACUCAUGAUGUCAGGAGGUAGCACGUCUCCUAGCGAGAGACACCAAAGAACAACUUUAAAGCUGAAUCUGAGUCUCUCACCAUUCUGUUUCGAAGCUUUUCCUUUAGUAAUUAAAACCUGUCUAAGAGCGCAGGCCCCCAUCUUGUAAGGCAUUGCUCUCUGUUUAUUUUAUCACCCAGCUCCUCUUGCCUCCAGACUGUACGUGCUGCUUGGUUUUUAAACUUUAGUUUCAGACAGGUGCACCAGGGGCGGGCAGCCACCAGAGGGUCAGGAACGUGGGGUGAGCUGCACGUCACCCUGCCCCAAGAGUAAAUACACACAGUGCAGGAGCAGCUUGUCACUUCCAAAAGACUCCAGAAAUGUCAGCUCCUCCACUCGGAACUUUGCUCCAGAGAGAGAAGUAAAAUGAGCUGAAAUUCAAACCUGUCACGUCCUCGAAAUCAGGGAACCUCUCAGAAGAUCCCUUCAUGCUCCCUCAUUCCCCAGACUGCACCGGGAGAAGGGCAGAGUGUAUGCGUUCAGUGUGCACAGCUUGUAUGUGUCCUUGUCUCUCGGCACAUCUGUCGUGUGACAGUCUCCCCAAGGCUGAGGGGGUGGCCACCCACUCUGCAGCUGUGAACUGCUCCACACUGGGGCUACUGGGGUCAUGUGGCAUUGGGAAAUUGGAAUUAGGAAGCCUCUGACCCGUCAGGGACCAUGAAUGAGGGAGUUCGUCCCAUGGUCUGACCGAUCAUGGCUGGCUCCUCAGUGCACUUUCCGCUCAGCCGCUGGGGGAAUGUCCACAUCUCUGUGGUAGUACCUGUUCGUUCUGUUUGCUGUUUGAAUGGCAAGUGCCCAGCCUCAGAAGCACUUAAUUGUCGCCACAGCAGGCGCUGAUGGUACACAAGGAACUGAUGGGCCAUUCUACUGAAUGGAACGCAGUAGGUUAAAAGCACAGUUUGAGGAAUGUUCACGGAAUAAGCCCCUAAAAGCUGUUAGCUUUUCCAGGCUUUGGGUUAUGUACUUUUAAUUUGAUUUUAGAGUUUGGACACUUUACAUGAAUGUAAUUCAGCCAAGAAACGUGUUGCUAAGAUACAAUCCUCAGUGUUCUCUGUAUGUAUAUUUAUGUAUAUACCACAUGUUACAGCCUGCAUGAGCUUCCUCACACCGAGCCCAGCCGGAACUGAGCAUGAAAUGCUGUCACAUGUAGACAAAGGACUGAGAUGUUCUCAAUAAAGACUAAGACGUUUCACUA